GGGUUGUUCCCUAGCAACUGUUCCCGCCUUUCAACCUUCAGACCACCUCCAUACCCAUCAGGACCUGCCUGCUUCUAAGAAUCACUGUGGCACCACAUCAGGAACCAUGGACCAGGCAACGACAGAGGUCCCAACAUCCCCCAGACUUGAUGUGGCCCAAAGUGACUAUGUGCCUACCAGCAAUGCAUCAGUGGAACCUGAGGAAGGGAAAAAGGAGCAUCUUCGAGCAGGCGUAAGUCCCAGCAGACAGAGAACAUCCCAAAAGACUUCCAGCGCAGUCUCCUGCAAGAACCAAGCAGCUCAGGGAACAAUGAAGAACUCCACGUAUAUCAAAUCCAAGGCAUCUCCUUCUGCAAAGGGUAUUCAGAAUAAAAGACAGAGUAAACAGAAUCUCCAAGCUAAAACUCCCCACAUGCAGAAUCAUCAUUCAAGAAGACUUGAAGAGGAAGGAGAAGAUACUUCUGCCACCAAAGACCCAAGGGCAAGGCUUGAGCCAAGAAGCAGGAACAGCAUUUCCCAUCUGUCUGCAGCAUCCAGGCAGACAGAAGCAGAGAACAACAAAUCCAUGCACAAUGGCAAAGAGUUAGUAGCAGGCCAGCAGCAAACCCCAGGUUCUAAAAUGCCUGGAUCUCUGUGGAAGACCAUCAAAACCAGCUGUGAAAAAGACAAGGAGACCAAUGAGUCCCUGUCAUCAACAGCGCCAGAUACAAAAGCAGAGUGGAAGAUGCCUCUGGAGAAGAAAAACAGUUUGACCUGUGACAACAGCAAAAAUAAAUUUGCCUGUGCAGAUGAACUUAACAGCAAUGAAGAGGAGCGGCGGUCUCUGUGCAUGACAGCACUCGUCAUAGGACAGAAAAGACUCAGUGACCGCUCUGAGGUGGUAAAAAAAAAGUUGGAGUCAUUCGGUGAUUUCAAUGAGCUGGGUUUCAACCUGAGGUCAAAUAUCUUCCAAGGCGGCCCACUGGAAAGCAGAAGUUUAAUGAAAGAUUCCUACACCCCUGAUGUACUUCAGAAGGCAACCAGGGAUCCCAGGAACUGGCAUGGAAGGAGGAUUGAUGACCUAGGGAGGUGGCAUCAGAAAAAUGCCUUAAAUCUUAACCUGCAGAAAGCAUUGGAGGAUAAAUAUGGGAAGAAAAAAGUCAAGCCCUAGAAGAUGAAGUACUGAACUACAUUCACUACAUGAUCUUCUUCCUCAACCACCUAAUAAACCUCCACGUAGAGCACCAACCCA